CGACAGUUGGGCAGGAUGUCGGCGAGGAGGCGCAUCGGCGACCCUGAGGUGAGGGCAUUAAUAACUCACUCUAUCCUGAUAAAUAAUAAUAACGAUGAUACUCAUAUAUUCCCUCUGCUUCUCCACGCCUUCAUAGACAACACUGAGCUUUUGACCAAAAGGAUCCCACAGAAUCCUAAAUACCAGCAUGUAAAAACUCGCCUUGACACAGGUAGCAGUAUGACCAAAUACACUGAAAAACUAGAAGAGAUCAAGAAAAACUACAGGUACAAGAAAGACGAACUCUUCAAAAGAUUGAAAGUUACCACUUUUGCCCAGCUGGUAAUCCAGGUUGCUUCUCUCUCAGAUGAAACCUCGGAAGUGCCACCUGAGGAACCCCAAAAGCUAGACGAAGGUGAUGCCACUCCUACCGAAAACAAUGUGGAUGCUGAAGCAGAGACCAACGGCAAAAGCAGCCCUGGCGAGAAACCAGCCAGUCCCAUCCUGUUCAUCAACAACACCGGUGCAGGGGAAUCCUAUCGCUCCACCUUACAGAGUGUGAUCAGCGGUGUAGGUGAGCUGGACCUGGGGAAAGAUUCCCCAAAGAAGACGGAUGCGUUGGUGAAAGAUGGGCCUUACCCCGACUGCCCCUUCCUUCUGCUGGACGUGCGAGAGCGGGAUGCUUAUGACCAGUGUCAUAUCGUGGGAGCAUACUCCUAUCCCAUUGCCACACUAUCCAGAACCAUGAAUCCCUAUACGAACGACAUUUUGGAAUACAAAAACGCUCACGGAAAGAUCAUCAUCCUCUACGACGAUGACGAGAGAGUGGCCAGCCAAGCGGCCACCACCAUGUGCGAAAGAGGCUUUGAGAACUUAUUCAUGCUCUCUGGGGGUCUCAGGGUCAUUGCCCAGAAGGUCCCCGAAGGCCUGGUGACGGGCUCCUUCCCUGCCUCCUGCUUGGUGGCCGCCCAGUCAGGGAGCGCCCGCCGAAGAAACACCCCCAGGCAGCCCCCGCCCCCACCGGCUGAGAACAAGUGGAGGUUUACGGCAGAGGAUCUACAGAAGAUACAGUACUAUCUAGAAGAAGAGAAGCUUCCAACAGACACUGCCAGCCGUCUCAGCCGCGGCUCUUCCGCUCGAGAUGCCAAGGCCACCGGUGUCCGGAGCAGCCAGAACCUGCCCACCUCUGCCUCCGCCGCCAACUCGGCCGUGGCGCUCUCCGCCCGCUCCCUCAGCAGCUGCAACCUGCAGAGCAAGCCCUGGAGAUAGCCGGUGUCUUUUAUCCGCUGAAUAAAAGAGAGUCCCGUCCCUGGGGCCCUUUGAUCACUACAGUCCGUCUUUCGCUUUUAGGAAGGUGGUAUGCAAAGGACAACGAGGUGGAGGAGGGGAGGAGGGGAGGGUGAGCUAGGAGGCAUUGGCCUGCCGGAGGGGGAAACACCAUCAGUAGGUAAUUCUGCGUUGGGAGGGAAAUGACAGGGGUGAGGAAGCAAGCUGACCCUUUCUAGACACCAGUGUUCUGCAAUGCUAUUUCCUCGUGUUGUUUGGCACAUGAGAACUGGAGAGAUCAAAAUUUGGAUUCUAGAGGAAAAAGUAUUAAAUGUGGCCAAGAGGGAGAUUAGUUAGUAGAAAUCUAAAAUUUUAACUAUUAUUGGGGGUGUAGUCAGGGAAUGGAUGCGUAAUUUCAGUGUUCAAUUUUGAGACUUCUACCAGAGGAUUGUUUUUGAGUGUCACUUCUGCACAACAGGGGAAGGAUGCAACCCUUUCUCUAUCCAGUCUUUGAUCAUUUGGACUCUUCUUUUUUUCCUACUGUCAUACUUCCAAAGAGUGUACAUUUGUACAAAGCACGAAGAAGAGAGAGUUUCAUUCUGUAGGGGACCAAAUCAUGGAAGAUCCUGAUUGUACGUAAAAUUUUGUGGAGGGUGACAAGGACCAGAGCAGCCACCCAGCCCAUCAUCAAGGUUCAUUUACUUUUCUCCAGAAGACGUCUGCUUGUCUGGAUUGUAGUCAAGUGAGCCCAUUUUAUAGUUUUGCUGUAUGUAGUAUUUGGUACUUCAGAACUGUGCCUAACCUCACCAUGGAACGAGGUGUGCAUUUUCCCCUUACUCAGAAGUUGGCCACAAUCAGGAGCAGAAGCACAUGUGGAAGGGUGGAAGUGCUGCUUUAUGCUUCUGACUUUCACUGUUUAUUCCUAAACUGAUUUCCCACCAGUUGCUCCCUGUCUUAUGGGGAAAAACUAUGGAGUCAUUGAGGCAGCUUGUGGAGAGUGAAUUGGGGCAGUAAGCAGCCAGAAGGGAAAGGGGUUGGAUUCCCAUCCUUCUUUUAUCAAGAAAUGGGAAAAGAGAGAGAGGUUAGAAGAUAUAUCAUGAAUAUACACAGCCUGUUUGUCUUUAUUGGUCCCUAUCCCAUGAGUUACUUCCAUGCUGCCCCUCUGUUGCCAUGUCCUCUUUUUCUGCUGUGGGUUACAUUGAGGGUUGGCUAUGAAGGAGGAUCUGUUAUAUCAUCCCCAUUCUGUAGUGGGAUCAUCCAUCAAUCACCACCAGUGGCAGCACAUCCACUAUAUUUUCCAAACCUCUAAAAUUUCCAGUUUCAACACCUGGCAGACAUAGUAGUGGUUCUUCCAACCAAGUGUGUAACUGUUGCCUGCAUGAUGGAUUUCUCCUCUGCAGAGGUCAGUGGAUGAGCAGCGCGCUGCCACGCUGAUCCUGCUUAGUGAUGAUAAAGCUUACAGCUUCCUCCUGCUAAGCCUCAUUGCUGUCUCCAUGGAAGGAGCUGCCUUUCCUCUUCUCUAAGCUGUAAAUCCACUGAGGAUCCCCAUAAAUGUGACCCCAGUCAGCAGGAGUCCACCCCAGUACACAGUGCACUCAACUGUUAAUGGAGUGACAAUUCCAAUAUAAGUGUUUAGCUGCUAAGUGAAGUCCAUAGAAAUAUCUGUAUAUAGAGGUGGAACAUCUGCAUGUGAUCUUGAGGAAAGAUGUGAGGAGGGAGUCCUGGUUUACUCACCUAAUAAUAAUAAUAAUUAAUAAUAAUAAUAGUAAUAAUAAUAAUAAUAAUAAUAAAAAAUUAAAACUUUAAUUUUAGACUGCUCUAUCUCCCUGAAGGGACUCAGGACAGUUUCCAACAUCAGUGCGAAACAACAUACCAUAAAUUAACACAGCAAAAUAAGCACAUCGUUAAAUCAAGACAAAGACAAUUCAGUUAAAAUAAGCAAUCACCGUCAGAACCUUUGAUCGAGGGGGCAGGAAUCAUUAGUCAGGGCAAGGUUGACAUGGUCCAUUUUUAGGAAUAGGUAACUUAUACAACUUAUCUUAGGGCCAAGGGGUGGGCAGUGUAUCAGAGUAGAGUCUGACUUGACUAAUGAUACUAAUCUUAUUCAAAAACCUGCCGAAACCAAGAGAAACCUUUCCCAAGAGAAAAAAAAAAUCAUUGUUCCAUUGGAUGUUUCAAGGGCCACAUUCUCUCCCAUAAUCUUCCUUCAUAAAACUCUCUCUUGUCUUUUUGAAGAACAUCAACUGAAUGGGUAAACGUGAUUAUCCAUAGAGGUGAAACAAAGCUCUCUCCUCCAUGAUUUGGGACUUUGGCUCCAUACAAACCAGCCAAGCCUUCCUGUUCUUCCUUACGGUUCAAUAGAAUCAAGUGAAGCAGAGUUUUGGAAGUGUGGAUGCUGCUGUAAUGCUCCAAGAAGAGGCUUGGUCAAGGGAUGGAUGCGGAUGGGCAUCACUUUGAAUGGGAGGUGCCUCUUUUUCUGCUUCUGGUUUAGGACUGUUUGAUAUUAUUACAUGGAAAUCACAGAGCUCAUUCUGAUCCAGCUGUUUUCAAGUGUGACUUCCAGCAGGCUUUGUUUCAAGAUUGCUUCUAUAACAGGCAUGGGCAAACUUCAGCCCUCUCUCCAGGUGUUUUGGACUUCAACUUCCACAAUUUUGACUGUUAGGACUUAUGGGAGUUGAAGUCCAAAACACCUGGAGGGCCGAAGUUUGCUCGUGCCUGAUCUAUAUCUAUCAGCUCAUUUUAAAUGGUGCAAUGGAAACUGAAAUUCUUUUCUGUGACUGUUUUGUUUUACUGUGUCGAAGGAGGUAUUUCCCUUCCCCACUUUCUCAUAUUUGACAGUGACUCCCUUGUCAUUCCAGUUGAGUUUUAUUUAACUGUGAUGUAUUUUUGUAUGCAAGACAAAACUGGUUGGGUGGUGUUCAGUGUGGGUAUAGUAUGUGUCGCUUCCACCUCCUCUGCAGCAACCACCUCUCCAUUUGUAAUAGUUUUUAUUUAUCGAGCUAGAUUCUAGCUGUGGCCAUUUUGGUUCACUUUACAAUAGAGUCCUUUUUUUAAAAUUGUGCAUAAUCUAGAAUAAAUUAAUAUAUUGCAAAGCAGUACUAUCUGCUAGGAGUUGUCCAGAAUAUUGGAAAUGGUUGCUUAGUAAGUGGAUUACGCAUUUUUAACGGGAGAAGUCUUCAAUCCUUCUCAAAAGUACAACUUCCAGGAUUUCUAUGUGGAAAUCCAGGAGGGCAACUGUGUCUUCAAUGUUAUGUUUGUGAUAUACAUGGGCAUCUGGCGUGAUGUUGUGGCUCUUUGUUUUUUCCCUUUCAAACUGGAUAUUUUAUUUUCUUGGUGGAUGUUUCAAGACUGUUCAGUAUCCUUGUGUUGGGUUGAAUUACACAUCGCCAGGCUUCUGGGAGCCUUGCUUCGGGAAGGAAUGGAUCCUUUUAUUGGCACAAAACAGCCAAGGCUAUUCUCUUGUUUAUGUCCAGCCUGUCCCUCUUUGGAGCACACCUUGAAGCAUCAAGACAGACAUCCCAGCCGUCCCUGGCUUUGAGGAACAGCCCCAUAAUCCUUGGCAUUGAAGGAAGGACUCUUUUAUCUUCUUAUUGGCUUUGUGGGUUUUGUGCUUUGCUUGUGAGCAAUUAUGUGAAAUGGUUUGGCUGGUGGCACUGCUUCUUUGGACUUGGAAUGGUUUGUUAGAGUGUUGUGUAUAGUUUGGCUUUUUAACAAUCGUUUCUGUACUCAAUAAAAAGAGAAAUGUCUGCUGUA